AUGGGACGCAGCAAGAAAAACGAUGUGGAGGCUGGCCCUCCCAAGGAACGAGGUUACUCACAGUACGAAGGCCUUGACGAGUAUACCGCCCUACAGAAGUAUCUCGCAACCUACCGUGACCCCCGCGAUGCAACCACGGACGAUUCAGACAAGCAGAUGGAUACUACAGUUAAGAAGAAGAGUUGGGCAUUCUGGAAGCGUGGAGACUUCGAGAAUGGCACUGGCUCCGAUGCUGGUGUAGUCCCCGAAAACUGGCUUGAUGCGCACAUCAGGGGGGGCAUCUCGACCGAGGAUGUGGAGAGCCGCCGCAAGAAGUUCGGGUGGAACGAGAUCACAACGGAAAGCACCAACCUGUUUGUCCAGUUCUUAAGCUACUUCCGAGGACCUAUCCUCUACGUCAUGGAACUCGCUGCAGUCCUUGCUGCUGUUCUUCGCGAUUGGAUUGAUUUCGGUGUCAUCGGCGCUAUCCUGUUGCUCAACGCUAUUGUCGGAUGGUACCAAGAGAAGCAGGCCGCAGACGUUGUGGCAAGUUUGAAAGGCGACAUCGCAAUGAGAGCCACUGUUGUUCGGGAUGGCAGGGAGCAAAGUAUCUUGGCUAGAGAAAUUGUUCCCGGAGACAUCAUCAUCGUCGAAGAAGGUCAAACUGUCCCUGCUGAUGCCCAGUUGAUCUGCGAUUAUGCCGCCCCCAGCGACUUUCACAAGUUCAGACAUCUGAGAUCUUCGAACAAGUUCAGCAAGGAGAGCCUGAACGACACGGAUGGUGAAAAGAAGAGUGCCGGCGGCAGCGAGGAUGAGGUCGGGGACGAUGCAGUCGGUAGGGUGGGUGACCCCAUCGUCGCCUGCGAUCAGUCGGCCAUUACCGGAGAAUCUCUCGCAGUAGACAAGUACAUGGGGGAUAUUUUGUACUACACGACCGGCUGCAAGCGUGGUAAGGCCUACGCUGUCACCAUCACCUCUGCAAAGCACUCUUUCGUCGGCAAAACUGCCAGUCUUGUCCAAGGCGCACACGAUCAAGGUCAUUUCAAAGCCAUCAUGGACUCUAUCGGGACCGCGCUGCUUGUUCUGGUUGUCUUUUUCAUUGUCACCGCCUGGAUCGGAGGGUUUUUUCGCCAUGUCAAGCUCGCUCUCCCGGAGCAUAGCUCUGUCAACCUGCUCCACUAUGCCUUGAUCCUGCUCAUUGUCGGAGUCCCGGUCGGUCUUCCGGUCGUCACUACCACGACUCUAGCUGUUGGCGCUGCUUACCUGGCAAAGCAGAAGGCCAUUGUCCAGAAGCUUACGGCGAUUGAGUCGUUGGCUGGUGUUGAUGUACUCUGCUCGGACAAGACGGGUACGCUUACGGCCAACCAGCUUAGCAUUCGUGAACCAUUCGUCGCUGAAGGUCAGAGUGUCGACUGGAUGAUGGCAGUAGCCGCGCUGGCUUCAUCUCACAACUUCAAGUCCCUGGAUCCCAUAGACAAGGUCACCAUCCUCACCCUCAGACGGUAUCCCAAAGCCAAGGAGAUCUUGCAGCAAAGAUGGAGAACCGAAAAGUUUACGCCCUUCGACCCCGUCUCGAAGCGGAUCACCGCUGUGUGCUGGCUCAACGGCGACAAAUACGUCUGCGCGAAGGGGGCUCCAAAGGCUAUCCUGAAUUUAACCAAUUGCAGUAAGGAAACUGCAGACUUAUUCAAGGACAAGUCUACUGAGUUUGCCCGUCGUGGGUUCCGUUCACUCGGCGUCGCGUACCAGUUGAACGACGGGGACUGGAUUCUGUGCGGAUUGCUUUCCAUGUUCGAUCCUCCGCGCGAAGACACGGCACAAACUAUCAUGGAGGCACAGCAGCUUGGUGUUCCGGUUAAGAUGCUUACAGGUGAUGCUAUCGCUAUUGCAAAGGAGACUUGCAAGAUGCUCGCCCUUGGCACCAAGGUCUACAAUUCCGAAAAGCUGAUCCACGGUGGCUUGACCGGAGCUGCGCAGCACGAGUUCGUCGAAAGGGCUGAUGGAUUUGCUGAAGUCUUCCCUGAGCACAAGUACCAGGUUGUGGAGAUGUUGCAGCAGAGAGGCCACCUGACGGCUAUGACUGGGGACGGCAAGUGGGUUAAUGACGCACCUUCCCUUAAGAAGGCCGACUGCGGUAUCGCAGUCGAAGGUUCAUCAGAAGCAGCCCAAGCCGCCGCCGACAUCGUCUUCCUCGCCCCAGGUCUUAGCACAAUUGUCCUCGCCAUCAAGACGGCACGAGAGAUAUUCCAGCGGAUGAAGGCGUACAUCGAAUACCGCAUCGCACUCUGCCUGCAUCUGGAGAUUUACCUCAUGACCGCCAUGAUCAUCAUCAACGAGACUAUCCAUGUCGAGCUCAUUGUCUUCAUCGCCCUCUUCGCCGAUCUAGCCACCGUCGCUGUCGCGUACGACAACGCGCACUCCGAAGAUCGACCGGUGGAAUGGCAGCUUCCAAAGAUCUGGAUCAUUUCUAGCAUCCUAGGCGUACUGCUCGCGCUCGGAACAUGGGUCGUCCGUGGUACCAUGUAUCUGGAAAACGGCGGUAUCGUUCAGGAGUUCGGCUCGGUGCAGGAAAUCAUCUUUCUUGAGGUCGCCCUCACAGAGAACUGGCUUAUCUUCGUUACCCGCGGCAGCAAAACCUGGCCAUCCUGGCAGCUUAUCAGCGCGAUCCUCGCUGUUGACAUCCUGGCAACUCUCUUCUGCGUUUUCGGCUGGCUUGCUGGAGAGCCGAUAGUCAACAACCCGGUCGCUCUUUUCCACCAGCGCGAGGAUGGUCGGACUGACAUUCUCACCAUAGUUGUCGUCUGGUGCUAUUCCAUCGGCGUCACUAUCGUCAUUGCCAUCGUGUACUACCUCCUCAACAGCAUUCGUUGGCUUGAUGAGCUGGGCCGCAAGAACCGCAGCCGCAAGAACGCGAAGGUGGAAAACCUUAUUGCCCGGCUAUCACAGCUUGCGAUCUUUCAUGAGCGGGAUGGUACCGGAAAAGAUACGUUCACGAUUGCCCAGAAGGCAGCAGACCCAGAAGAGGAGGAUUGA